UCGCUGGGCCGUGACGAGGCACCGACUGGGUCUACACGCGUCACUCGGUAGCUCUUGUUUGGGGGCGCGAAUCUGGGAGGCUGUCGAUUGCUGCUUGGUGUGCAUUUCUGUGUGAAAUUUCACAAGACAGACAGAGCUAGCAGGUAACCCCAGGUGACCAAACGACCUCUACCUAACCUGCCACUAACCGUCUCUGAGGUGCCUUCAGCCACGAUGAAAGUCCACCAGCCCAGUCUGACGGCUCUCUGCCUAGCCUCUGUUCUCUUGGCUCUCCUGCACAACAUCGGCGUGACCCAGGGGGGUUACGAGCACACCUGCAGCUACCACAGCCGCCCCCACAAGCGAGGGCUCUGCGGCAAGCGACUGGCCGACAUGGUGGAGUACCUGUGCUACUCGGGCUUUGGGAACUACAUGUCGAAAGUCGUGAGGAAGAGGAAUGCUGAAAUAGUAAUCGAUGAAAAUCUGCGAGGCAUCCUGCUAAACAAGAAGGAAGCUCUAUCGUACUUGACCAAACGUGAGGUUCGUGGCUCCAUCACGUGUGAGUGCUGCUACAACCGGUGCACACAGUCGGAACUUUUACAGUACUGUCCUAUUCAACCGCUACACCGGGACAAGCGGAGUCUGCACGGAAUCAAGGGAGAUUAAUCUGUCUUACUUUUAGAAGUUUCGCAUUUAUUUAUUAUAGGUUUAUUUUUAAUUAUUAAAUAAUUGCAGAAGACAGUAAUAGUCUGCUCAACUGCAACAAAACCAUCAGCUUUAAAAUAUUCUAACAGUAUCUUAACUAGCUAACAAAUUAUUAUUUUUUUGUUAUUCGUCAGUUACAAUUUUGUAGCAAGUAAAGAAUAACUGCCUUAGUUUAAAAUUGAGAAAUAUCUAUCAUUCAUGUUUGUUUUAAUUUUACGUAAGCUUCCAAUUGAUAUUCAUGCUAUGAAUUUCUUCUCGAUCGUUUAUGUCGUAUGAUGACCUUUCCCCGCGAGUUUGGUGUGUAGCAGUUUAACCUUGACACGCCCAGCACACCCGGUGUGUGUAAGCAUCCAGUGGUCAGUUGGUCGAGAUUGUCCGGCAUUUACUUUGGCGCGUCACACCUUGUCCUUCAAACACCUUCUUACUCAUGCCUUCGUUCUCAGCUGCCAUCGCCAUGGCUUUUUGUCACUUCCUCUUUCUUGAGAGUCGUGAGGGUCACAUUUAAAUCCAAGUCAUGACGAGAUUCGCAUUUUCAAUCACUAGAGUCAUGAGUCACAAAUGCAAUCAUUGAAGUCAUGCGAGUCACAUUUGUAACGAGAGUCCCAGUUUCAAUCAAUAGAGUCAUGACGCGUGUCACAUUUGUCAAUCACGGGAGUCAUGAGAGUCACGUUUCACUCAACAACCAGGGUAACAUUUGUGACAAAAGAUAUGGCUGCACGGGUGGGGUUUCACAUUAUAGGGGUCAGGGGCGGAGAAUGUGAACAUUUGGAGCAGGGAUGGAUGUGGGGUGUUGGGCAGAGAAAUAAUGUGUAACAUCUGCGGGUAAUCCUAUGGAUUUUGUCGUUGGAUAAACUUUAACAAGAUAGUCUUUAUUUAUGUUUUAUUUAUUUAUUUUGCUGAGUUGAAUGAUUCAGAGUAAUUUAGAGGAUUAAGUUAUUUUUGUAGAACAAACUCUAGAAGUGUUCUGUCGCCUGUUUAACAAACAUUCUAGCUUCCUCAAGUUUCCUAGCUCUGUUGUGUUUCAAACAGACGCUUUUAAUAUUCGGUGCACACUACAGUUCAUACAUGGAGAGGAUGCAAGCAAGGAUUUAAUGUCUAGACUGAGAAUAACUUCCACGUUUGAAAUGUCGUUAUUAGAAAAGACAUGGCCAAUUUUUUUUUAAGCUUUAUUUUCAAACAUGGAGUAGUAGAUUUUUAUGUUGAUUAUUAUUUUCAUUGUUGUUGAUUUUUAAAAUACUUCUAUCACCUUUUGAACUAUUCAAGCCACAUUCCUUGUAUGGGUGAAGUAAAUUUUGUAAUUAAUUUAAAUAAAUAAACAACAUGUUAUUUCAAGUUGAUGUGACCUUUUAAAUACAAUUCCACAAAGUAUUCAGAGUGUGCUUCAAGGCUUCAAGUGUCCAACUUGCCUUUCUUGACCUCGGUGUUAAUCUCCACCCCUCUGUCUACAACUGAAAUAAAAUUCAAACCUUGAUUGUUGAAAUCACA